AUGGGAGGUUCGGUGAUUGGAAUUUUAUUUUACAUUUUGUCUUAUUUGUGCGUAACCAUAUAUGGACAUGCACGGUUAUGGGAGCCUCCUGCAAGGUCUACAAUGUGGAGAAGAGGUUUUUCUACCCCUGUUAACACUAAUGACAACGAACUUAAUUGUGGGGGAUACGAGAACCUCUGGAUAAAAUAUUCAGGAAUGUGUGGAAUUUGUGGAGACCCAUACCAACAGCAUCCACGCGAGAACGAGGCUGGGGGAACAUAUGCUACAGGUACCGUUUCACGUCACUACAAAACCGGUGACGUCGUCACAUUUUCUGUAGAUGUCACCGCCAAUCAUGAAGGUUAUUUCGAGUUCCGGUUGUGUCCUUCCGAUGGCGUUGUAAGUCAAGCUUGUCUAGAUCGGCAUCCAGUUCCGGUUAUUGGUCAUCCCGAUGGCCGUUACCACUUAAAGGCGCACGAGAACGGAAUCAUCGAUAUGAAAGUAAAACUUCCUGCCGGUUUAGCGUGCGACAAAUGCCUCCUUCAAUGGCGGUACCGAACUGGUAACCGUUGGAACUGUGACCAAAAAAGCAAUAAAUGCGGGAAAGGUCUGGGUCCACAGGAGGAGUUUUAUGGCUGUGCUGACAUUUCAAUCUUGGACUUCCGUUUAGCAAUGGCACUUCCUGUUUCUAAACCAGUAAACGCAAUUGGACGAAUGUCCGUUCGGACUCAAAAACCUGGUGUUCGGAUGGCCAAACGACCAACAAAAGCCGUUCGUAUCCGACAGAAAAUGUUAAAUACAGCAACGAAACCGGUGAAAAGUGUCAAAUUUCAUCAGAACACAAUUCCAAAAAGGACUUUACGCAAAACUGAACAAUUGAAUGACUUAAGCGGUGUGUUGUGGAAACUUCUGAAAGGUUUAACGAAUAAGGAUCCAAGUGGCGGAAAUAUUGCACUGGUGAAGUGGGACCCCGUAAGUCGAGCCUACAAGUCGAACAUCGUUUAUGUACGUCCAAAAGUUGAACAAUUACCUCAUGGACAAACAGGUCGUAUGUCUGUCAAUAACGUCCGAUCUAAUUGGCCGCCUGUACAGCCAAUGAUUGUUGAGGCUACAAUAGACCAACAACAGACUGGCCCGGUCCUUCUGUCCGAUCCACCAUUUGAUCAGGUCCUGAAGAAACAAAUACUGCCAUCUGUUUUUGACAAUUUAAAAAACACGUCAACAUGUCAUGGAGUGAACAAUUUCGCCAAAGUUUCGGGCAUCGCAAAAUGGUGUACAGUCAACUGUAAAGCCGGAAACUGUCCAAGUGUGAUGUGCACUUGCACUAGAGACAAUGAGAGAGCACCUGCUGCAAUCAAACCGGUCAGUGUCGUUUCCCGUCCUCGGCCCUUUCGACCCGUAUUGCGUUCCCGGGUAAAGACCAACCACAUUUCCUUUCAAUCCCAACCUAGUACCUCUUCCGGUUUAUUACGAUGUAAAGGAAUCGGACAUUUUUCACGAGACAAGCAGAUCAUAUCAUGGUGCAAUUCGAACUGUAACAAAGGAUUCUGUCCUAAACAUAUGUGUUUUUGUAUAUAA